AUGGCGGCACUGGUCUGGCAGUCUUGCCUGCUCCUCCUGGCGGUGGAGCGCGCCCGGGGCGACUCAUCCCGCGCCCCCUGCGUCCAUGACCUGGGCUCAGCACGGCAGUCAUGGACCUUGUGCUGGCCGGCACUGCAAUAUGGCGGCUGCCACAGCAACAGCAGCAAGGGGGUGCGGGCCAGGGUUCCGGGGACCGUGUUGGCAAGCAUGCUGGAAUCCAACUUCUCGGGUUUGGACCCCUAUGUGGGUAUGAACUUGCAGCAGCUGCCCGACAUCCACCAGGUAGGGCCUGCUUUCUACAGGGUGCGGUACCGCACCAAGGUUGCGCCUGCCUCAUGUGGCCAUCCCUUCAGGACCCUCAUCCUGAGAGGAGCGAGCUAUGAGUCCCGCGUCUUCGUGGAUGGGGUGGAGCGUGCCAAUGUGACGGGCAUGUUUCGCCGCCUCCGUGUCCCGGUGCCUUCGCAUGGCUUUGACCUGGAGGUCGAAACGUCGCCUCCCCCACACUUUGGUGUCAACGUCAGCGGGCAGGGUGGAGACCACCAGCUUGCAAAGGAUGGGCCUUUGGCGCAGUUUGCUCUGGGUUGGGAUUGGGUGCAGGCAACACCCGACAGGAACACCGGCUUGUGGGACAAGGUCGAGGUGAUGGAGCACAGCAGCCAGUUGGUAGAAGAUCUCUAUGUACGCACUGCGCUGUUGCAGCGUGGCGCAGGGCACGAUGCGCUCUUGACAGUGGAGGCUCACAAGGGCCCCUGUGGCCUGAAAUGGAGGGUUCGGCACCACGCGAACCGCUCUCUAGAUGCUGAAGGAACCUUGGCUGUCCCACACUGCCCUGGCAGCUCGGCCAAGCUUGAGGAGGCCAAGUUGUGGUGGCCAUGGCAGUUUGGGGACCCGUAUCUGUACGAGGUUGAGAUCCUUGAUGGCGACUGCGCGAUCCUGCGACAGCCGUUUGGCGUCCGCCACUCGGAGGUCUUCUAUGAGCCACGCACGGAUGGGCCGGCAUUCCGAAUCAACGGGGUUCGCAUCUUCUUAGCCGGAGUCAACUGGAUUACGACAGACCAGCUUCUUCGUUUCUCCACGAACUCGCAGCGCUACGAGGACGAGGUGCGUCUCAUGCGCACAGCCGGAGCAAACGUCAUACGUGUGUGGGGCGGCGGCAUCGCCGAGCGUCCGGAAUUCUACCGUGCUUGCGACCGUCUCGGGAUGCUCGUGUAUCAGGAGUUCUGGAUGACAGGGGACAACAACGGGGCGCAAGCUGGCAGCUUCUCGUGGCCCCUGGACCACCAGGUCUUCGUGGACAACGUGCAAGACACCAUCCUCCUCCUGCGGGGGCAUCCGAGCCUCUUCUGGUGGGGUGGGGGGAACGAGCUCUGGCCCUCGGACCGAAGUCCUCCCAUGGACAUCAGCCGUGCCGAGCGAGGCUUGGUGGAGGCGUUGGAUGGCUCCCGACCCUACAUUCAGACGUCUUCGCUCCUGCAGCAGAUGCAGUCGUAUGACCCCAAGAACGUCACCGCAGCCCUGUCGGUGGACGACGGGCCCUACGGCUCCCAGGUCCCCGGCGAGUUCUUCCAGCGAAACCCCUACCUCCGCUUCCAGAGAUAUCCGAACCGCACGGGCUUGGAGCCCUUUCCGCUGUCCAUCAACCCGGAGCUGGGAGGCCCCAACUUCCCCACUUUCGCCGGCCUCCGCCGCUUCAUCCGCACCCGGCAGGUGCCUGGGCGCCUGGGAAGCCCUCAGCCGGCGGAGUUCGCCUGGCACAACUUCGAAGCUUUCGUGGUGAACACGUCCUUGGGGAGGCCGGGCUUAGCCAACGGAACUCUGGUGGACCCCAUCUACGACCUCUGGCCGAGGGUCAGCCCCAUGGAUCAGAAGACCUAUGCCGACCGAGCCAGCGUCGUACAGUAUGUCCAGUAUCGCUCCUUGUUCGAGGGCUACUUGCAGCAUCAGUGGUCCUGGUAUGCAGGGCUCCUGUUGUGGAAAGGUCAGACGCCCUGGCCGUCCCUACGUGGUUUCCUCUACGACUGGUAUCUUGAGGCAAACAGUGCACACCAGGGUAUGGCAGCAGCCCUCCAGCACACGGAUCACGUCUUGGUGUCUCUGGAGCCCUGCACCUUGGGCGCCGCAAACGUCUACCGGGUCAACCGGGGCAUGGAGGAUGCGCCGGAGACCGAGGUGGCCCUCACGUUCUUCUCGCUCCCCCAAGGGGAGGUCUUAGGCACGUCGCGCUUUCAGGCGCCUUUGGUUGAGCCGGAGGCCGUCGCGCUGGUGGGCCACGCGAGGUGGCCGCGGCGCGAUGGCGCGCUGCUGCUUCGAGUGCAUCACAAUGGCCACGUUCUGGAGCACUUGCUCUCGGAUCCUUGCAACGGCGAUGCCCUGCUUCCUGCCAUGGACUACGGCAACCUCGAGCCGACGCCCACGACGCUGCGGGCGAGGGCUUGGGGAGCUUUUGAGGUGAGGGUCACAAACGUCGGCGCUUUUGCUGCUCUUCUGGUGCACCCGCGGCUCUGGAACGGCACGGAGGAGGUCCUCCCGGUUUGGUGGAACGCAGACUACUUCAACCUGCUCCCCGGGGAGAUGCGAAGGAUCACAUGGACCGGUCCCGUCGGUAGCGACGUGACGUUCUCCGGCUUCAAUGUCCGCGAGCCCGAAGAGGCCCUCGUGAUUUAG